CCGCCCGAGGAGGAGGAGAGGAGGCCGAGGCUUCCUGCCCGGCUUCCCCGCCUCCCUCCCGGCAGACAUGGCGGCGCCCGCCCCGCAAGAGCAGCAGCCGCAGCAGCAGCAGCAGGACGCGGAGCUGGAGGAGCUGCUCGAGAGUGCCCUCGAUGACUUUGAUAAGGCCAAGCCAGUCCCACCGCCGCCCCCUUCAACUGCCGCCGUCUCUGAGAAAUCGCCUGGCGAUGCUGCCAAGGAUUCGCUCUUUGCCUCACAGGAGAAGUUCUUCCAGGACCUCUUUGAUAGCGAGCUGGCCUCCCAGGCCACUGCCGAGUUCGAGAAGGCCAUGAAGGAGUUGGCCGAGGAGGAACCCCACCUUGUGGAGCAGUUCCAGAAGCUCUCCGAAGCAGCAGGCAGAGUCGGAAGUGACUCCAGCUCCCAGCAGGAGUUUACCUCCUGCUUGAAAGAGACGCUCAGCGGCUUGGCAAAGAACGCAGACGAUCUCCAGAACUCCAGCGUCUCUGAGGAAGAGCUUGCGAAGACCAUGGAAGGCCUCGGCUUGGAGGAAGGAGACGGCGAAGGGAGCCUCCUGCCCAUCAUGCAAAGCAUCAUGCAGAACCUCCUGUCGAAAGACGUGCUCUACCCCUCCCUGAAGGAGAUCACGGAGAAAUACCCGGAAUGGCUGCAGAGCCACCGUGACUCCCUGCCGCAGGAGCAGUUCGAGAAGUACCAGGAGCAGCACAGCAUCAUGGGGAGGAUCUGCGAGCAGUUUGAGGCCGAGCUGCCCACCGACGGGGACACAGAGCACAAGGCCCGCUUUGAGGUGGUCCUGGACCUCAUGCAGCAGCUCCAAGACCUCGGGCACCCCCCCAAAGAACUGGCGGGAGAAUCGCCACCUGGCCUGAACUUCGACCUAGAGGGAAUGAAUCUGCCAGACACAGCCAGCUCGGGAGGAGGAGACCAGUGCCAGAUAAUGUGUACUUCCCUUGCGCGUGCGUGUUCCUCUUCCCUCCCUCCCCCGCCUCCUUUUGGGUCGGUGGCUUGUGAAGUGUCGCAAAGUGUCGUCGCCGCCGGGGGGACCGUAAAGCGCAGAAAGAAAAAAACAACAACCCUCCUCGGGGUUUGCGGCGUCCGGGGAGCAUCCGCGGCUGGGCGGCCCGAUGGCGGCGCCGGAGGUUGUGGCGGCGGAGGUCCCCCGGCCUGGAGGCGGGAGGUGGAGCGGCCUCCAGAGUCUGACGUCAGUUCUACAGCGCCAGUUCCCAGAGAGCUCCUGGAUCUAGUCCUGCUCGAAAAGGGGGUCGGGGAAAGGGCGAAUUCACGAGAAAACACGAUGUCAGACGCAGGAAGUAGCACGGAUGGGAAAACAGAUUUACCCAAUGGAAGCUUAUCCAGCAGCCCGGAAGAGAUGUCUGGCACCACAGAGGGGCAUGAGACGUCCUCCGGGGUCGAGGUAGAGGCUUCCGACCUGAGCCUGAGUCUCACAGGGGAUGAGGUGGGGCCCAACCGCACUUACACGGAGAGCUCGGCGGAGGAGAAGGACUCGGACAGCAUGGACGACACGGGCCACUACUCCAUCAACGAGAUGAACCGCACCUACGACCGCUCCCCCUCAGAGGAGGAGGAGGAGGAAGAGGAGGAGGAGGAAGAGGAAGAAGAGGUGGAGGCAGCUGAGGCCCAGCGGUCCCGCCGGCGAGCCCAGCGCAAGCGCCCCAACCGGGACCGGGACUCCUCGGACGAUGAGCGGGCCCUGGAGGACUGGGUGGCCUCGGAGACAACGGGGCUGCCCCGGCCGCGCUGGCAGGCGGUCCAGGCGCUGCGGGAGAGGGCUCUGGGCUCCUGCGCCCGCUUCGUCCACGAGGCCUGCGGCGCCCAGGUCUUUGUGCAGCGCUUCCGGCUCCAGUAUGGGCUGGAGGGCCACACGGGCUGCGUCAACACCUUGCACUUUAACCAGCGCGGCACCUGGCUGGCCAGCGGAAGCGACGACCUCAAGGUGGUGGUCUGGGACUGGGUGCGGCGGCGGCCGGUGCUGGAGUUUGAGAGCGGCCACAAGAGCAACGUCUUCCAGGCCAAGUUCCUCCCCAACAGCGGGGACUCCACCCUCGCCAUGUGCGCCCGGGACGGCCAGGUCCGCGUGGCCGAGCUCUCCGCCACCCAGUGCUGCAAGACCACCAAGCGGGUGGCCCAGCACAAAGGGGCGUCGCACAAGUUGGCCCUCGAGCCAGACUCCCCCUGCACUUUCCUCUCGGCUGGCGAAGACGCUGUGGUCUUCACCAUCGACCUGAGACAAGACCGGCCAGCUUCGAAGCUGGUUGUGACGAAAGAGAAGGAAAAGAAGGUUGGCCUCUACACCAUCUACGUGAACCCGGCCAACACCCACCACUUUGCUGUGGGGGGCAGAGACGAGUAUGUCAGGGUCUACGACCAGCGGAAGAUCAAUGAGAACGAGAACAACGGUGUGCUGAAGAAGUUCUGCCCUCACCACUUGGUGAACAGCGAUUCAAAAGCCAACAUCACUUGUUUGGUCUACAGCCACGAUGGGUCAGAGCUCGUGGCCAGCUACAACGACGAGGACAUCUAUCUCUUCAACUCGGCCCACAGUGACGGAGCCGAGUACCUGAAGAGAUACAAGGGGCAUCGGAACAACGCCACAGUGAAGGGCGUCAACUUCUACGGCCCCAAGAGCGAGUUUGUGGUGAGCGGCAGUGACUGUGGCCACAUCUUCCUGUGGGAGAAGUCAUCCUGCCAGGUGGUGCAGUUCAUGGAAGGCGACCGAGGAGGCGUGGUCAACUGCCUGGAGCCCCACCCUCACCUCCCAGUCUUGGCCACCAGCGGUUUGGAUCACGAUGUCAAGGUCUGGGCCCCGACGGCAGAGGUGCCCACCCAGCUCACUGGCUUGAAGGAGGUGAUAAAGAAGAACAAGCGGGAGCGGGAUGAGGACAGCCUGCACCACACGGACAUGUACGAGAGCCACCUGCUCUGGUUCCUGAUGCACCACUUCCGACAGAGGCGGCACCACCGGCGCCGAAGAGAUCCAGGCACAGGGGCGACAGACAGCGACUCGGACGAAUCCCCCAGCUCCUCUGAUACGUCGGACGAUGACGAGGAAGGCCCGGAUCGGGUGCAGUGCAUGCCUUCUUGAGACCCCCCUCCGAGGAUGAGGAAAAGGUGGGGGUGUAAAGAGUGUGCAGACUUAAAUCGGCAACAAAAUGCCCACCACUUUGAAUUUUCAUCUAUCCCCCUUCCCUGCUUUUUACUGAAACACCAAGGAAAGUCCCCCCCCUCGCGCCCACCCACCCUCCUUGUCGCUUGCCCUCCCCCAGGGGCAACCUGCUUGGCAUUAAUUGCACUUGGACUUUGCUUGAGCGACCAGCGGGGGGUGGGGGGUGGGGGCGACGACACACGGGAUGCCCAGCGUUGACAUGCUGGGAUUCCCUUCUGCUCUUCCCCUCCUCCCUCUCUCUGCCUUGGUUUUGGCAUGGGGAGGACGGAGGCCUGCCCCCUUCCACCACCCCAUUUCCCCAGAGGCAUGGGGUGGGGGGAGUGGGAGGGAAGGGGCUUGGUUGCUGCCCCACCCCACCCCGCCAUUCCCUGUGAAGCUUCCUUUGGAGUGAGCCGAGUUUGGGUUUUGCCUCCCUCCUCCUUUCCUUUAAGAUGUUGGUGUGAGCCCCAAAGGGGCAUUUUUUUGGAGGUUUUGUGCUUUUUUCUCCCACCCCACUCCCGUUUUUGAGGAGCACCCUUGCUUGCCUGCUUCCAGGAUGAGCAAACUUGGACUCUUUGCUUUAUUUCUGAUUACAUUUUUUUUAGAGGGGGAUGUUCUUCUCCCCCCGCCUCCUGUUUUUUGUGUUCUUCCUUCAGCAGAGUUCUAGCGCCAUGAAGACACCCCCCCUUGCAGUCUAGAGCUUGCCUUGGCCGCCUAGGACGCCCUUUUGCCGAACCUUUUCAGAGAGUAAAGGGUUUUUUGGUGGUUUUUUUUGGAGAGGUUUAAAUGCAGAGAAGAGGAAUGGGCCAGAUCCCCCCCCCCCUUUCUGGCCUGAAGCGGUGGGGAGGGGGGCUCAUUGCUGCCCUGUGGAGGAGGAAGAGGGGUUCUCGUGGGAUCCCAUCAAUUUGCCCGAAGGUUCUUUGUGUUUCAUUUCCCCCGCUCCCUUUCCUUUAAAAAAUAAUCUUAUUUGUUUUUGAAAACAACUGCCCUCCCCCUCCCAUCGCUGUUUAGAGGCCUAAUUUUAUAUGUAUUAAACAAGACAAGAACCAAAUUAAAACUUGGAUGUUAUCAAGUUAAAAUUAUUGUAAAAGUUUAAAUAUAUAUAUAUUAUAUAAAUGCAAUAAAUGAAUUGAGAGACAGGCCUGGCUGUGUGUGAAAAGGGUCCCCUGGGAGCAUGGCCAGAGGUUCCUGGCCUGCCUGGUUCCGCUUUGGCUUAGUGGGGCUGGUUGCCUUUGCCCUUCUUGGGACAGGAGGUGGGGCUCUUGUGUGCCCCUCAUUGCUUCCUCCUGACCCUUCCUUGCCUUUGUCCCAUCUUUCCCAAAUCACCUUUUUAUUUUUUGCUUUGCUGGCUAUGCCAGCACUUCUGUGUCCCCCAUGCAGCUCCUUGAGUCAGCCAAACUGCUGAAGCAUCUUCCCUUUGUGAUAAGGGCAUCUUUGGCAUCAGCAAUAUCAAGAUCUUCUUUCCAAAGGCAGGCAGCCAGGGGUUGAACUCUUAAGCCUCAAAUCCUGGUUUGGUUUUGCUUGGGGGGGGGGGAUGGCAUCCCAUAGGGGCAGUGCAGAGUUUGAAUAGUAGGGGAGGAUUCAGUAGCCAUGCCCACCUACUAAAUAAGAUCCAGUGACUUCACGGGGUCAAACAGACUAGCCCCUCAUUUUAAAGAGAGCCUCAGGCCGGCUUUUUUGGGAGUGAAAGAGUGAGUUGCCUCACUUUAUCAGAGUAAGAUGCCUUGAACACUUUGGCUUCAUCCAGAGAGCAACUUCAUUCCCAAAAUAAAUUAAUGCCCAACAGUAAAGGCGAAGGAAGGAGUGUGUGGCAGGUGGCCUCAAUCAAAUUUUAGAAUCACAGAGCUGGAAGGGGUCCUCCCAGGGUCAUCUAGUCUAACCCACUGCAAUGCAAGGAUCACAGCUGAAGCAUCCCUGACAGGCAGCCAUCCAACAGAUGCAGCCCUCAACCCUCCAAAAGUUAUCUUUAGGGAUGGUGAUGUGGCCCCUUUGGUUGUGAGAACUGUUCUUCCUACACACAAACACACACCCCUCCCAGUGCCUGCCAGCUGCCUAGCAUUUUCUUCCUCCUCUUCCAGCUUGAGUGUAGGGGGGAAGCUUAGCUUACUUGCACCAAACACCCAGGAACUGGGGGGGGGGGGGGCUUCCCUGCUGUUGGCUGCAAGGGAGCCCUCCGGAGGAACAAUCGCUUCCCUUGUCUCCCUCUCCUCCUCCAACCUCC